AAGGAAAAAGGCCCAGAUGGGUCUUGGUCAAGGACGCCCAACCCCGACAAACAGGAACAGUCCUGACCCUCGCAGCAAAAGCCCGCACCACCCUCCUCCGCCGCCACCGCCACCGCCACCGCCACCGCCGGCAACCACCGGAUCCGGAGAAGAAAGAGGCAGCGCCCGGCCAAGCGAAGCGGGGGAGGAGAUGGUGGGCGCUCCGUCCUCGCCGGUGGUGAACGUGUACCCGCUCGCCAACUACACCUUCGGCACCAAGGAGGCCAAGAUGGAGAAGGACACCUCCGUCGCCGACCGCCUCGCCCGCAUGAAGGUCAACUACAUGAAAGAAGGAAUGCGAACAAGUGUUGAAGCAAUCCUAUUGGUGCAAGAGCACAACCACCCCCACAUACUGUUGUUGCAAAUUGGAAAUACAUUUUGCAAACUUCCUGGUGGACGGUUGAAGCCUGGAGAAAGUGAAAUUGAGGGCCUGAAAAGGAAGCUCUGCAGCAAGCUUGCAGUUAACUCACCUUCCUUUCCGCCUAACUGGCAGGUUGGAGAGUGUGUUGCUGAAUGGUGGAGGCCAAACUUUGAAACCGUGAUGUAUCCUUACUGCCCUCCACAUAUAAGCAAGCCCAAGGAGUGCAAGAAGCUUUUCAUUGUUCACCUAACUGAAAGGGAGUAUUUCGCUGUUCCAAGGAACUUGAAGCUGCUUGCUGUUCCACUGUUUGAACUCUAUGACAAUGUUCAGCGGUAUGGACCAGUGAUUUCCACCAUCCCGCAGCAGCUGUCUCGGUUCCAGUUCAACAUGGUGAGCUCGUAAUCAAUGGUGGUGAUGAGAUGUGAGGAUAUCUCCAUUAAGAUUUAUUCAGAUAGAUCUUGGACGAAACACCAAAAUAGACGCUGAUCAACUUAGCAUGACUCCCUUCUUAAAUGAGAUCACCGAUUUCCAUAGUUCGACUAUAAACAGAUGUGUAUUCCUACUGUGUUUUCAUUUGGCGAUGUUGUUAAUUCAGCUCAUGCUGGUUAGUUGCAUGGUGUAUCGUUAGAUGAUACUCCCUCUGUAAACUAAUAUAAGAAUGUUUAGAUCACUAAAGUAGUGAUCCAAACGCUUUUAUAUUAGUUUACGGAGGGAGUAAUAUGUUGUUGCUCUGGAGCGCUAAUUCAUUGUUGUGUACGCUGCUUACCAGUGUAUGUUUGUAUGAUUGCUGUGAUCUGCUGUAGUAGCAACUGUGUAGAAGCCACCCCUUCAAAUCAUAUAUCAUAGGACCAUGACUAUUGACCUUUUCUUUC